CAGUUGUCUUAGACAUCUUCGACCUUCUCUGCUGCAGUAAAUAAGGACGAUUGGCAAAUUUCUCUCCCGUUCUUCAAUUCACUUCACGUCUAACAAUGGCAAGCCAGUCACAGGGCAUUCAACAACUUUUGCAAGCCGAAAAACGUGCAGCAGAAAAGGUUGCUGAGGCCCGCAAGCGGAAGAAUCGGCGUCUGAAGCAGGCAAAAGAGGAAGCCCAGGCUGAGAUUGAGCAGUACCGCCUUCAAAGGGAGAAGGAGUUCAAGACCAAGGAGGCAGCGGCACUGGGUUCCCAUGGUAAUUCUGCUGUAGAGGUGGACAAGGAGACCCUGGACAAAAUGAGUCGUAUUCAGAAUAGCUAUCAGCAGAAUCGGGAGGCUGUGCUUGCCAACCUACUGAAGAUGGUGUGUGAUAUUAAGCCUGAGAUUCACGCCAAUUACCGCGUGGCUGGAUAAAGGACGUCACCCUCUUCUCACUCUGUUUCUGUCACAACCCCUUUAAACAAGAAGCACUGAGAUAAAGACUGUCAUUGGUUGGCCAUGGAGGAUGAUUCCCAUCACCUCAUCCCUUAUGUAUAUGUGUUAAGCUCUUUCCAACCCAUUCAUUUUUUUUGUAUCACUACUUCUUUGGUUGUCACUCUUCCAUAUACUCAACAGAGCUCUGAUGAUCCUUAACCCUGCAAAGGCUCACUACUGUAGUGAAAAGGAACAAUAUUGUGACUCUUAGCUUGUUUAGAUUAAUUUUAUAUAUUGCAUAUGACAACACCUCUCUCUCUAUCUCUCUUUGGUUGCUUUAAGCUUAGUUUGCUUUUUCUUUUGAUUAUUAUCCAUGUCUGCUAUUGGUAGUCAUUGUUGUGGCCUCUCUCAAUUUAAGUCUUUGUCUCUCUGUUGUGUUGCUCUCCUUAAUUCUUGUAGGAUUGUCAGGAACAUUAGAGUGAGCCCCUCUCCCUCUUCUGUGAAAUGUGUGUGUGUGUGUGAGAGUAUUGCUGUUCAGUGUGUCAUUAAUUUAUAAGUAAAACCAAACUGUAAAUGCUGUUUUAUCUGAACAACCUGUGGAUAGGAUCAGUAUUAUCCUUUCCUCACGAUGAUUAAUAGGUCUUAAACAAAAAUCAAUAUUGGGGUUGCUCUCAUCUCUAUUUCAUUGUGUUGUUACAAUACUACUUACCUUUCUCCCCUUUUGCUCUUUGAUCUGUAUAGCUGACAUUCCUCUGUUUACACCAGCUAAAGGUGCAGUGAAUUGAAAUAAAUGGUUCUGUGUACAUGUAGAAUAUAU